AUGGACACUAUCACGAUUCAGAUGACGAUGAAGCAGAUCAGGAACACAGGAAAAAUGAUGAGAAAAACUUGCCAACCGAAAAAUAAUGUUGAAGAUGAGAAAAUCGAUCCAAUUGCCGAGGGUGUGUUCAUUGACGAGAAAGAAGUAAAAUGCUACAUGGCUUGCAUUAUGAAAAUGGCUAAUACGAUUAAAAAUGGCAAAUUAAAUUAUGACGCAGCCAUAAAACAGGCUGAUUUGUUACUACCAGAUGAUAUAAAGGAACCUGCUAAGGAAGCCAUUACUGCUUGCAAAAAAGUUGGUAUGGACUGCAACAAUGAACACCCUUUAUCUCCAAAGGAAAUGCUGGAGCUAAAGGAAAACAAAAUACCUGAUACGAACAGCGCUAAAUGUUUCGUUGCCUGCGUUUUCAAGAAAACAGGAAUGCUAGACAGCAAGGGAAUGUUUGAUGCAGAAAGUUCAAUAGCAAUGACUCAAAAAGACUUCGCUGACGACCCGAAGAAACUAGAAAGUUCUAAGAAACUUCUUGAAGCCUGUAAGAAAGUGAACGACGAAGCUGUAUCCGACGGCGAGAAGGGUUGUGAACGAUCAGUCCUUUUACACAAAUGUUUUGUUGAAACUGCACCGCAGGUAAUAUAA